CUCCGCGCAGUAAUCUCGUUGCUAAAUUUUAGCUGAAAAUGUCUGAAUCCGCGUCUGUUCCACCUCUGCCGCCGCCUCCACCACCUUUACUAGCUACCUCGAGCAGUUUCCGUACAGCUUUAGAAAAAGAUAAAGUUAUUGCACCGCGAUUAACCAACGAUGAGUGCAGCUGGGCAUUGAACUACCCUGAACUACAGAAGGGCUGUUUCCUUAGUCGUGUCUGUCAGUACACACAGCCCAAGAGAUGCCAAUAUACUCCCAUCGACAGCAUCCUACAAAUAGGACCCACCUGUGGAUUGACAGCGCUAAGUAUGUUGCUUAAUGGACAGCCAACGGCUGCAGAAUUGCUUGCGGAUGCCAGUGCGCAAAAGUACACAAUAAAUGGCGAAAUGUUCAGUGCGCAAUAUUUAUACGAAUUGGUGCAGAAGCAUGUAAGCAAUCCAUUGACAUGCCAUUUUCAUGAAGGCUUUUUAGAUUGUGACCAAAUCAAGCAGCAACUAUGCUCUGGAGCGUGUCUAUUGGUUCCGUAUGAUGCCGAUGUCAAUCAUGCGCCUUGCCAGAGAUCUGGCCAUCGCGCUCACUGGGCACUUAUUGUGGGCUAUCUGAUUGAUGACCAGGAUAAGUUCUACGUGGUGGCACGCCAUGGCAAGACACGAAACUUGGCUGUUUGGUCUUUGGCGGCGUUAAGCGAAAGCAAUGCCAAUCUUGUGGAAUUUGCGCAGCCCAAGGGCCACGAACACCUCACAUUUCUCCUGCCACCUGGCGGCAUUGACGGUGACCAAGGCCUUAAGAAACGCUCCAUUGUGGUCACCAAUCUGCCAUAUCAAGUGGUUCAAGUGGGUUGAUGCUGCAAUCGCAAUGAUCCCGCGUCUUUGACAAAUAAAACUGU